AUGUCUUUAUUCUGCAGUGACACGAUGUUCAGGAAAGCCGCCUGGAGGAUCGCAGCCAGCGACGCAGUGAGUUUCCACCAGGACCAGGCCCUCAGCACGACCAUAUUCCUCCUGAGGGGCCUCGGCCCCACGGGAUUCCUGCUCCGAGAGGAGGGAGAGAGCAGGAACUUUAAGGUGUGCUUGGGCGACCCUCAUACGUGCACGUGCCCCGCGUUCACCAGGGAGCUCGAGCCAUGCAAACACAUCUGCUGGGUUUUACUGCGGAAAUUCAGACUGCCCAGAGAGCACGAGUAUUCAUUUCAGCAUGGACUUGUGGAGAGGCAGAUCUUGGAGGUGCUCCACGGUUUACACCAAACCAAAGCCCACCGGACGGAAAAUGACCCGCCUGCUGCUCCCAGGACCCCGAGCCAGCCAGUCAUGAGCCAGGAGGCCGGAAGCGUCUGCCGGAAAGUGAUCCAGGCCCAGGAUGUGUGUCCUAUCUGUCAAGAGGAGCUGUUGGAGAAAAAACAGCCCGUGUCUUACUGCAGGUUCAGCUGUGGCAACAACGUCCACAUCUCUUGCAUGAAGGUGUGGGCGGAUCACCAGGGACUCUCAGAAAGGGAAGAAACAGUCAAGUGCCCUCUGUGCAGGGAGGACUUCUGCUCUUUGAAGCUACUGCAGGAGCAGGUGAAAAACGCAGCAAAGCUCUUCACUGCUGCUGAGCGAGCCAAGCCAGACAGACACCUGGGAGUUCAGUGUCACAGCUGCCGGGUCUGUCCUGUCACUGGCAGAUGCUUCAAAUGCACAGUCUGCACUUCCCUCUAUCUGUGUGAGGACUGCGCCGAGAAGGGCCGCCACCCACAGCAUCCCCUCGCUUCACGGACAAAAAGGAGGGACAUGUGGCACCUGAGUGAUGAUGAACGGACAGGAGUGACCUCUCAGCCAGGAAAUGACAGCACCGUCCCUGUAGCCGCAGACCCCCUCCCAGAAACUGUGCUGGGACGUCUCCCUGCGGUCAGGGUGAGACCCGGGUCUCGGCUGUUGGACGAGGGACAGCAGUGUCGGAUCUGUCUGCAGGAUUUCAGCCUGGGCCAGCGUGUCCGAACUCUGCCCUGCCAUCACAAGUUCCACACAGACUGUGUGGACGUGGUCCUGCAGAAGUCCAACUCCUGCCCCUUGGAUGGAUAUGUCAUUUAUAACCCGCUGAUGAGGAGAACCACUGAAAAGAAGUCCUCCCGCCUUCCCAGUGACUUUGCCAAACCAGCAGAAAAUAACUUAAAGGACCUGUUUAUCCCGGGAGUGGGACUGCGGGACUGGAACACCAGAGUCACGUCCUCUCAUGGUUCUCUUAACUUGGAGGUGCUAACAGGCUCUUCGGCAGCCGUAAACACGCUGCAGAAGUUAAUGGCUGACAGGUUCAAAGGCUUGUGCACAGAUACAGCAGACACCGUGAGGAAGGAAGGAAGAAGCGAAUCUCUGAGAAGACAAAAUUGUCCUACUCCUCAAAGCAGCUCGUCUGUCAGUCGGCUCAGCAAAUCUGAUCAUUCCUCAAAUAAGGCAGAGACAAAACGCAGCCCCGCUUCACCCAGCAGGUGUGGUGCGGUGAUGGAAAUCAGACAGCAACCACAGCUGAACCUUUUCGUAGGUUUGUGGAGGCCAGAGUCAGACCAUGCAGCUACAGCGGCCCCCCCUGCCAGGCGGACUAAACUGCUGCCCAAAAGGACAGGAACAGCAGCCAUUAAAGAUAGAAACAGACUCUUUUCAGAGCUGAGCAUGACUGGAGUCUUGAUCAACACGCAGAAUCAGAUGGAGACGGAGAGCUAAACCUUUUUUAUGUUGUUUAUCUGCACUGUUUCCUUUGUACUGCAGUGGAGGAAAUAAAUAAGCAUAAAUGGGUGUAACCCUUUAAAUGUGAAA